AUGACCUUUCACCUUCCAGAAGAGGAAGAAAGUGACCAUGAAGCACCUGCAGGGGACCUUGAGCUCUCUGCAUGCUCAGAGGGGUUUGAGGAUGACACAGACCCCUCCGUCGCCCCUGAGCGCCGGAGGGGAGGAGCCACCUCAGACCUCGCCCGCCCUCCAGGACUCCUUGUACCAGUUGACCACGUCCCAGAGCCUCCCCCAUAACUCUGCCUGGGAGGUGGGUCUGGCAGCAUGUUCCCUCUCAGGCCUUUCUUUCUGUGAAGAUGUCCCCACUUUGGACAUGCCACAUGAAGGAGGCGACACUGAUAUGGAGAGUACACCAGCACCUCAGAGUUGACCAAGGAGGUGCUAUUACCAUUGAGGACCUAGGUGCAGGAGAGCUGGAUGCCCAGCUAUGUUCAGAGUCCAAGUUCAGCCCUCCCAUCUGGGAGAGAAUAAUGGAGAGAGGGGAGGAGUGCAGAGUCAACCCAUGCAGGAGGGGAUGCCAACCAGAAAAAGCAACAGCCAAAGCCCCAAACUCCCUUGCAGCCUCCCAUGCUAGUGAAGCCAAGCUGAAGAAGGUUGGGGAGGUGAGGAUCAGCACUCCUGAGAUGAGGAAACAGGAUGUGGCUAACAUGCGCCAGAGAACAAAGAGGUUGUACAGCCGACUAGAUGAGGUGAAGCUUCAGAAGGAGGUCAGGAGCAGACAGGAGGCAUAUGCCAAAAACAGGGAGAAGGCCAAAGAGUUUCACAAGAAAACCUUAGAGAAGCUACGGGCCAAGCAGUCUCCACAAUGAUACUGAAGAUCAGUUUUAUCUGUUAUACGUGGUCUGUGUUUGCAAGUAUUUUGUACUUACAUGUAUUUUUGUACAGUUUAAUCAGUAAUUUCAAAGAUCAUAUUUCUAAUAAAGUGUGUGUAUA